AUGGCAACAAAAUCCUUCAUUGUCUACAGUCUAAAUGGCGAAACCUCGAAAAAUGUGUGCACUCGUAUCGCCAAGUAUUGUGGACGAGGAUUUGCUUUAUUGGAACCCAUCAACUUCGAUGGUGACUUUGAGUCUUUAAUGAAGCAGGAUGAUAUACCAUUAUACCGUGCUGAACAUCGAGAAUUCAUUGACGAUGGCGGUGAACUUCAAAUGGCAACUAUGGAGUAUUGGAGACGACCUGAACGUAAUAUUGAUACUUUCCAAUUGCAAGAGGCCUUUAUUGUUGAUUUUUGUCCUCAUGUGCAACAAUAA